GUCCGGCAUGGCUUCGAAGCGGGCGCUGGUGAUCCUGGCCAAAGGCGCCGAGGAGAUGGAGACGGUCAUCCCCACAGACCUCAUGCGCAGGGCAGGGAUCUCGGUGACCGUGGCCGGCCUGGCGGGGAAGGAGCCCGUCCAGUGCAGCCGUGACGUGGUCCUGUGUCCGGACAAGAGCCUGGACGAGGCCCGGAAAGAGGGGCCGUACGACGUGGUGGUCUUGCCGGGAGGAAACCUGGGGGCCCAAAACCUCUCAGAGUCUCCGGCCGUGAAGGACGUCUUGAAGGAGCAGGACGGCCGGAAAGCCCUCAUUGCCGCCAUCUGCGCAGGUCCCACCGCGCUGCUGGCGCACGGCAUCGGCUUCGGGCGCAAAGUGACGACGCACCCCUUGGCCAAGGACAAGAUGAUGGCCGGAGACCACUACAAAUACUCGGAGAGCCGCGUGGAGAAGGACGGCCACGUGCUGACCAGCCGUGGACCGGGCACCAGCUUUGAGUUUGGCCUGGCCAUCGUGGAGGAGCUGCUGGGGAAGGAGGUGGCCGCCCAGGUCAAGGCCCCGCUCGUCCUGAAGGAUUAGGGGGGGGCAGACCCCCCAGGGAGAGACCCUGAAGCCCCCCCCCCCCAUUGGGGGCACUGCCCUCGGAGACCCCUGGGAGUCCCAUGACGCGCCCCAUAUCCGUGUGCCCCCCACAUCCCCCCCCCCACUUCCUGGGAAUUACUCACCUUGAAUAAAAUAUGAUGUUUGAA